UAUUGCAGAUUGAGUAUCUGCCAAUUUCUUCAAUGGAGAAAUCAAAACAGGUGAUGGAGGAGUUUUUCGAGGUAUGGCAAGAAGCCAUGUCAAAAAGCUCCCUACCUGGUCGUUUCAUGCACAUAGAACCCAACUUUGCAGAAUAUGGACUGUCGGAUUACUAUACUUCUCAACACACAGCGGUUCAGUAUGCCAAUGUGAUGGCCCAGCUAAUCGCUACUGUGCAAGCAGUUCAAUCAGCCAGAAACUAGAAUAAAAAUUGCUUCUUUUUUU